AUGCAAGUUUUAAUUACUUAGUAGGUAAGAAAUUAUAUACAAAUUAAAUUGGUGGAUUUUUCAAAACAAUAUUAAACUAAUUAAGUUCAUUAUCCUAAAAAUUUAUUAAUUUAAAUUACUGAAUUACUAAAUUUUAAUAGCAUCAAACAUUUAGCUAAAUAUUAACUUAAAUAAGACAAAUCCAUUUAGAUUUUAGAUUAUACUAAAAUGAAAUCCCUAUCGCCUGAUUCAAAACAGCUACAAUACAUCAUCAAGCUACUUCAAGUAGAUCCUGAGCAAAGAACAAACAAAAUGAUAUAAAACUUAAUAAAAGAUGACAGCUAUUUUCCUCAAUUAUCUAACUACCUUCCUCAAUAAGAAUAAGAAGUUAAAAUAUAAUGUUUGAAAUACAUGAGAUAUGAAUUCUUUAAUGCAAAUACAGCUGUUUUUAAUAUAGAUGAAAAAGGUGAUAAAUUUUACCUCAUUUUAUCGGGAAUAGUAGGAGUAUUCAUUCGUAAAAAUAAAGACGACUCUGCUUUAUACAAAGUAAAAGAGUUAAGCUCAGGAUAAGGUUUUGGAGAAAUGGCUUUGAUUAGCAAUAAACUAAGAAGUGCUAGUAUAAUAUGUCUUAGCAAUGUUCAUCUUGCUUCAAUUGAAAAAUCUAAAUUCAAUGUUGUUUUGAAAUCUUUAGAAUAAUAAAAGCUAUAGAAUAACUUAAUUAAGCUAGAAAAUAUUCCAUAUUUUUCUAAUUGGACUGAAUAGUAGUUAAAAUAAAUAUACUACAACUCUUUUAAGCAGGAAUUUCAUAAAAAUGAAAAAGUUUUUGAAGAAAAUCAGGAAAUAGACUCUGUUUACAUUAUCUUAGAAGGUGAAUUUAUGCAAUCAAAACACUUUAGAGUAUUCGAAAAAGAUUUUGAGGGCAGCAAAUUAAACGAUCUCAAGAAAAAUUUUAUAGUUUCUGACAGCCAAAAUAAUAUGAAGAAUAUCUAACUGACUAUAAUGUAAAAAAAUGAGCUGUUUGGUGAAGAAGAUAUUAUAGGAUAAAACGAUAAGCGAACUUUUACAGUAACUUGUCUAUCUCUUAGAGGAGAAGUUUUGAUGAUAAAAUAGAAAGACUUUUAGCGCUUAAUUAUGACUGAAAAUAAAAGUAGAUAGCUAAUAGAAAAAAGAUUAUUGAUGAAAAAUGUCGUUCGAAAUGCUAGAGUAACUAGCAUAGCAGCUUAGUUUGAUAAAUAACAAUAUAACAAACUUAUGAAUUAAAGUCCAAAUAUGUUUCGCUCAAAUAAAAAUAAUCUUUUGAAUGAAAAUAAGUAAACGUUUGAGGAUGAAUAUUCAUAUUAUAGAUCAUAGACAGAUCAAAUUUAGCUUAACUAAGAAGAAGAGUAAAAUUCUUUAGAAAAUUAAGAAAAUUAACAGCAAAAAAAUUGCUAAAUUGACUAGAAUGUUUCUCCUAAGUGUAAUCUAAAAAGGAAAAUUUAAAAAGAUAUUUUAGUAAAAGGAUUCCAAGAUCACCUAAAAUUGAAUUUAAUCAAAAAAUUUAAUUCACUCUAAUUUGAAAGACUUCAUAAUACAGUCCCCAAAAAUUUGAUAGAAAAUAUAGAAUAAGUUGAUGAUGAAAUAUACAAAUAGAUGAAUUUAAAGUAAAGGCAUAAUAAUGAUAUUAGACUUACUGAUUAACAAAAAUAAUAAUAUCAAAGAAUACUCAUAAAAAGACAGGCUUAAGAGUAAUUGUAGAAUUAGUAAGAAUAAAAAACAUUUACUCGUCUAGUAUAAUGCACUUCUCAUGAAAACUUAUCCAGUUCAUAAACUUUGUCCACUUAAACUUUAGGUAAGGGAUCAUCAUCUUCAAAAAACAAUAAAACUUCUACUUCAAAAUACAGAUUUUCUACUCCUGAAAAUAUAUUGAGAUAGCCUAUUUAGUAAGAAACAAAAAGUGAACCUUACUUUCAUUUUGCUAACUAUUCAUAUGUAAAUUCAAACUCUGCUCGCACUGUUUAACAUCCUAAAAUAAAAAUAAAACCAACAACUGCUAUUUUAAAUUAAGAUAGAAUGUUUAUAUCUAGCACAUAGACACAAACUUCAUCGCCACUAUUAAAAAGUUCUUUACAUAAUACUUCUCCAACUGUGCUAACUCCAAAUAAAUCUGAAAUUUAAUUCUGUAGAAAAGAAAAUAUAAGAUUGAAAAAAUGUGAAAAUCUACUUACCACUUCAUAAUUUACUUAAGAAAGCGAAAUUAACUCUUCAAAUUAUGAAAUAUAAAGUACAAAAUAAUUAAGAAAAAUAAACAGCUAGGCCUCAUUUUCCAAAAAUAUAUUAUAAAUCUAAUAAUCGUAUUAUAACAAUUUUACUAAUCCAUACCACAAAGUAAUUUAGCAAAUUAAAAAAAAAAAGAUGCUAGAAGAUUAAAUAAAGAUGAUGAAUUUGCAAUAAUAAUAAUAAUAUUAAAUUAAUAAAAAUUGA